AAACAAAAAAAAGAGACACGUAAGUGAAUAGAGCGGCUACGUUAUUUGCAUCACGAAAGCAGCAAAAUAUUGGCUAGCAAAAAAUUAUUUACCAACAGAUCUUGAAUUGCAUCGGUUUGCUCCCCGUGUAAAUAAUACUAAAUUCGUACAGAUAUACAAAAAGAAAAUUAAAUGAAAAGUCCCAUUUCUUUGAUUUACAAAACGUGAAGUGCAACAACCAUUAAAACAAGAUAAAAGUGACUGGUGCGCUGAACUUUCACUGAAAAUUGUUUACGAUUUUAUAUAGGAACAACAAGGGGCGGAGGCGAUUAGUGUUUGGUGAAUGUUAUUAGACAUUUGCAUAUUAAUAUAUCGUACAUUUACAAAAAUAAUUUAAUAAACGAGUAAAAGGUCACCUGCAAAGGUGAGCGACUACGGCAGACCGAUGGCUACAAAGCGAUUGAUACGCGAUGGAGCGUGGUACUUAACGCUGACGCUGUGCUUUAUUAUGUGGGUGCGUCAUAGUAGUGGAUACUUUACCGCCUACGAUGAGUUGGAUACAAGUAAAAACUGCUUCUGUGAGUUGAAGGGCUCAAUAAACGAUUGCAGUUGCACCGUGGAUACUGUGGAUCAUUUUAAUAACAUCAAGAUUUAUCCACGUCUCAAAUCGCUGCUAGUGAAAAACUUUUUCCGUUUUUAUAAAGUGAAUUUGAAGAAUACGUGUCCUUUCUGGCCGGAUGAUAGCAAAUGUGCCAUACGGUUUUGUCAAGUGCAAAAUUGUGAUGAAGAACAUAUACCCAAAGGUUUAAUUGAGAAAAGCGAAAAUACAAAAUCUGCAGCUUUUAAGUACACCAAAGAGGCACAAUCGUCAGAAUGCUCUGAAGCCGAGGACUACAAUAGCGUUUUGAGUUAUUUGGACACAAGUCUGAGCGAUCAGGCGCACCGUGAGUUCGAGCGUUGGGCCAAGCACGAUGAAGCGGAAGAAGAUUUUUGUAUUUUGGAGGAUGAAAACAAUGGCUCUCAGUAUGUAGAUUUACUGAUAAAUCCCGAACGUUAUACCGGCUACAGAGGUGAAUCCGCACAUCGCAUAUGGCGUAGCAUUUAUAUGGAGAAUUGUUUUGGGCGUAAAAAUGAAUCAAAAUCACUCUCGGAUUUCAUACCACAACUCGAUUUAAAUGACGUGUGCUUGGAGCAACGCGCCUUUUAUCGCAUUAUUUCGGGUCUACAUAGCAGCAUCAACAUACAUUUAUCUGCGAAAUAUUUGCUAUCUGAAUCAAAAGAUUUUCUGGAUCCUCAAGGUAUUUGGGGACCAAAUGUAGAGGAGUUUAAACGACGAUUUAGUCCAGAGACAACAAAUAGUGAAGGACCACAUUGGCUGCGAAAUCUCUAUUUCAUAUAUUUAGUGGAAUUGCGCGCAUUAGCCAAAGCGGCGCCAUAUUUACGGCGUGAAGAGUACUAUACCGGUAUUGCAGAGGAGGACGAAGAGGUCAAAUUGGCCAUAAAUGAUCUACUAUCUGUUAUAGAAUCAUUUUCUUCACAUUUCAAUGAGAACGUGUUGUUUUCGAAUGGCGUGACAUCGCUUAAGUUCAAGAAUGAAUAUAAAGAAAAAUUCCGAAAUAUUUCCCGAAUAAUGGAUUGCGUGGGUUGUGAUAAAUGCCGGCUAUGGGGCAAACUGCAGACUCAAGGCCUUGGUACAGCGUUGAAGAUUCUCUACUCCGAAAAGUUGAAUGUGGCGACAGAGAGUGGCUUGUGGGAACGACCGCAUAUAGAGGAGAAUCCGCUAUUUAAACUUACACGUACAGAAAUUGUAUCGCUAUUCAAUGCAUUCGGACGACUUUCAAACAGCAUCUUCGAGAUGGAGAAUUUCCGCAAAGUGCUACGGUAAUAAAUACACAUGUGAAACACUUGCCGCUGCCGUUGUAUUUGUUAGCUGAUACAACCGACAGCAAAACCAAUUAUCAAUGUUGUACGACUAGUAUUUAUUUAGCACAUAGUUGAUACCAGAGAGGCGCUAACUAGCAUUUUUCAACACUAACGCCGACCAAUGGUUUCCCCCUUUUUACCUCAUCAAAACAUUGAAAUUAUAUUAGAGUUGUGUAGAUAAUUCUUGAAGUAGCUAAAAUUAAGUUUUUAAUUUUAAGCAAAUUUAUUUAUUAAAAUUGUUAUUAUUUAAAAAAAAAUUUGUUACUUAAAUAUUUCCCAUCAAACCGUGCAAUCAGAUGCUGGAAUUUUAAGUGAGUCUAUAAGAAUCACUUUACCAAAAAUAAAGAAAAAAUCAAAUCAACAAAAAUCAUUUAAUGUGGAAAAUAGCUUUAUGUAUUAUCUAAAGAUUUUAAAAUGUUUAUUAUAUGUGUAUUUAUAGUGUAAUGCUCAAAAAUAAUUUAUGUGAUUUGUACAUAUGACAGGGAUGGGUAUUAAAGCGCAUUAAAAGAAA